AUGGUAUGCAGCUACAAUAUAAGGAAUGUGAUUGCUCAGGCUGGACAUAUAGGAAUAAUCAGUAGAAGGGUCCAAAUAAACAAUAUCUUGAGGAGUUUGCCUUCCAAUCUUGGAUUUGUUCACACUUGGAAGCGUGAAUAUGGAACAAGUCUCAUGAUGAUGGUAUAUAUGGGUGCAUCAGAAAAUCGUGGACCAGUUGUUGAUAAGCAUCCAGAGAAAGAUGAAGAUGGUGGCUAUACUAGCGAAGGAUGGAAAAGUGAAGAUGGGAAACUUAGUUGGGGGUAUUCGAGUUUCAAAGGAAAGAGGGCAACCAUGGAAGAUUUCUUUGAUAUUAAAUUGUCUAAGGUCGAUGGUCAAAUCAUCUGCCUUUUUGGCAUCUUUAAUGGUAAUAGUGGAUCUCGAGCUACAGAGUUUUUGAAGGACCAUCUCUUUGAGAAUCUAAUGAAGCACCCAAAAUUCUUGAUGGACCAUCUCUUUGUUCAUAUAAGUGAAAUGUAUCAACAAAUAGAUGUUGAUUUUUUUUUAAAUUUAGAAAAGGAUACUUUAAGGAACGAUGGCUCUACUACUUCAACAGCUUUGCUAGUUGGCAAUCAUCUCUAUGUUGUCAAUGUGGGAGAUUCACAUACUAUUAUAUCAAAGGCGAGUGAAGUUUCAGUUUCUCAUUGGGCCGUCGAUCGUGCAGGUCUGGUGUGGAUCCAGCCUUCAUCUGUCGUCGAUCCAACCUCCGUUCGUUGUCAAUCCAACCUUCGUUCGUCGUCAAUCCAACCUCCGUGUCAUCAUUCGUUGACCAAAUCCACUUCUCCACCGGACAUUUUCCACCCUACAAGUAAACUUCUGGACAUUUUCCUUUCCUCCUUCCAUGUCGUCGCUCGUGGUGGUGAUGGUGGCGGUGAUGCUUGA